GCUGGGGGGGGGAGCGGCUCCUCCCGCGGUCGCCCGGGCAAGUUGGCGGCCGGGGCUCGGCGCAGGGGGGGCGGCCCGACCGCAGGGCCCGGGGCGCCAGGGAGAGCUCCGCCCCGCCGCGCUGCCCGGGGGGGGGCGGGCCGGCUCCGUGCGGAGCGGGGACCCCCCCACCCCUCCCGCCCCUGGCCUCCAUUUUAGCCUGGGGAAGCGAGGCCGGGCCUGGAGGGGCUUCUAGAAGGAUCCGGGGGUGGGAGCCCCCCGCGCCCCCGGCCUGCGGGCGCUACCGGGCCCUGUCCCCGUCGGCCGGCCCGGGGCGGGAUGGAGGCCUCAGAUUUUUUCACCUCAAAUAAAUCAAUAAGAAACUUCUGGACCUCCCAGGCGGCGGCGGCUGGAAGGAUCCAGAGGCCGUCCCCCCCGUGCUGACCGCCUGGACCGCAGGUGGCAAGGAUGGGCCUGGCCAAGAUGCCCACUGAGGCUGCGCUCGGCGGCGGCGGCGGGAGGCGGCGGAGCUGGCCUCGGCACCGGGAGAGGCUGCGCUGCCCGUCUCGCUGUGCUGAAUGGCUGCGAUGGCGCCCGCUCUCACUGACGCAGCAGCUGAAGCUCACCACAUCCGAUUCAAGCUGGCUCCCCCGUCCUCUACCUUGUCGCCUGGCAGCGCCGAGAGCAACGGAAACGCCAACAGCAUCCUCCUGGCUGCCAACGGCACCAAAAGGAAAGCCCUUGCUUCAGAGGAUCCUGGUUUAGAUUUCCGAAACAACCCUACGAAGGAAGAGCUGGGCAAGCUGCAGCCGCUAGUGGCCUCUUAUCUCUGCUCAGAUGUAACAUCUGUUUCUUCAAAAGAGCCUCUGAAGCUGCAAGGAGUCUUCAACAAGCAGACAGUCCUUAAAUCUCACUCUCUCUUAUCUCAGUCCUUCUUGAAAACAAGUGAUCUGUUGGGGAGGCAACCAGUGUUGGAAUUCACUUUGGAGAAUCUAAAAACAAUGAGUACUAAUAGCCAGCCAUCUCUCCCGCAAGCGCCUGUAAAUGGCUUGGCCAAGAAAUUGGCCAAAAGUAACAAUUCAGACCGUGAAAAUUCUAGUUCUCUGAAUGGUGGGAAAUGUGCUCCUCCUUCUGUUGCCCUCCAGGGUGUUGACUAUAAUUCAGGAGGUUCUGAACUGGGGGACUUGAAGACUGGUUUGACCAAUUGCACUCUUCCGCAUAGAAGCCUUGAUGCAGAGCACACAACUCCAUUUAGCAAUAGUAGCACUGCAAACAAAUCUUUCCUUAAUUCUAUGGAGCAACAGAGAGUGCUUGAGGGUGGCAGUGGGGAGACUAGGUUGCCCAGUGUUGCUGGUCACUCUGACGUUGGGAGCAGUAACUUGGAAGAGCAGAAACCUUCUCUGUUGGUUGGUCACCACAGUGCUCUCGACUCCGAGAUGAGGACGAGGGCAUUGCUGCGACGGCAGGCAGACAUCGAGAACCGCGCCCGCAGGCUGCAGAAGCGCUUGCAGGUGGUGCAGGCAAAGCAGGUGGAGAGACACAUCCAGCAGCAGUUGGGUGGCUUCUUGGAGAAAACUCUAAGCAAGCUUCCAACUUUGGACCCCCUGAGUCAUCGAAGCCAGCUGAUGUUGACCAGAAAAGCUGAAGCAGCCUUGAGGAAAGCCCCGAGUGAGACAGCUACUUCAGAAGGCCUAAGCAGCUUCUUGAAGAGCGAUUCCAUAUCGGAAGAACUGGAGAGAUUCACGGCCAGUGGUGUGGCCAACUUGAGAUCCAGUGAACAAGCGUUUGACUCGGAUGUCACCGACAGCAGCUCAGGAGGAGAGUCUGAUGUGGAAGAGGAGGAGCUGACCAAAGCAGACCCUGAACAACCCCACGUACCACUGAGGCGAAGGGCAGAGUGGAGAUGGGCAGCAGACCGCGCAGCCAUCGUCAGUCGCUGGAAUUGGCUCCAAGCCCACGUCUCAGACCUGGAAUACCGAAUCCGGCAGCAAACGGACAUUUACAAGCAGAUUAGAGCCAAUAAGGGUCUGAUAGUUCUUGGUGAAGCAUCACCCCCUGAUCCUGCAGCAGACGAUGCAUCCCGUCCCUUUAGUGCUGAAGUUAAGCUGGAGCCUGGGGCUGACCGGCUGAGUGUUUCGGGAUCCCAGCCGCUAGACGUCUUGGGUGUUUCUGCUACAAAUACUCCUGAGCCCCAUCCAGCCAAGCCCUGUGGAGCACCAAGACCCGUCAAUGGAGUUGUUAACACUCUUCAGCCCGGCCUGGCAGAACGUGCUCAGGGAGAUGGCCAAGAAGCUGAGGAGCUCUUGCAUAAAAAGCAACGACUGAACAUGGUUUCUUCCUCUUCGGACGGAACGUGUGUAGCAGCUCGCACUCGCCCAGUGCUGAGCUGUAAGAAGAGACGGCUUGUUCGACCCAGCAGCAUUAUGCCCCUUUCCAAAAAGGUCCAUCGUAAUAGCCUGGCACGAUGCAGCUGUGAUGUGAACCCUUCAUGUGCUCUGUGUGGCACUCGAAGCUCGACAGCUCUGGAAAUCCAGUAUGACGCCCCGUUGCUGGAGCGCCUGUCCCAGCUGGACUCGUGUGUUCACCCUGUGCUGUCGUUCCCAGACGAUGUGCCGUCAAGCCUGCACUUCCAGAGCAUGUUGAAAUCUCAGUGGCAGAACAAACCCUACGAGAAAAUGAAACCUCCCAAAAAGCUCUCGCUCAAGCACAGAGCCCCCAUGCCUACCAGCAGCCUGUCUGACCCUGCUCGCAAGGACCGUCACAAGCUGGUGAAUUCCUUCUUCACUGCAGCCAAACGUUCACAUCAAAAAAUCCAACCAGACAAGGCACACAGGCCGCCUUUAGACGAUUUUGCGGCCAUGUCCAAGGCCGAGAGAGCGCCAGAGCGCUCGCUUGUCCAGCCUCCUGCCUAUGACAAAAAGCGAUUGCGAGACUGCUCAUCUGAGAGGAGUGAAGUGUUGAAGCAUCACACGGAUGUCGGUGGCCCAAGCUACUUGUCAGCAGCUGCGACCCCCACACCUCACAGCCCUCUAGCACGGCAACUGUCCACCUCCUCGGAAGGCUCCGCUCCUGCCAGCACGAAUUCACAGGGCACCUCCAGCACAGCCCAGCCCAGGAGGAGGAGAGGCGAAAGUUCGUUCGAUAUUAACAACAUUGUCAUCCCGAUGUCUGUUGCUGCAACAACUCGUGUGGAGAAGCUGCAGUACAAAGAGAUCCUCACACCCAGCUGGCGUGAGGUGGAUAUCAGCGCUCUGAAAGCAAACCCUGAUGAAGACAGUGAGGAGAUCGAGGACUUGUCUGAUUCGGCCUUCACUGCUCGGCAUAGCAAGUGUGAAGAGAUGGAGCGAGCCCGGUGGCUUUGGAGCACGAGCGUGCCCCCGCAGCGGCGGGGCAGCAGGUCUUACAGAUCAACAGACGGACGGACGACCCCCCAGCUGGGGAACCCCUUGACUCCCCAGCCAGCGUCCCCUGACAUGGGCAACUGCCACGCCCAUUCGGAGCUGCCCCACACCCACUCGCCGCGCAGCCCCAUCAGCCCCGAACUGCUCUCUGCCCCUUUCACCCCGCUGUCCCGUGACUCCAUGCGGCUCCUGUCCAGUGAGGAUACCCGUUGCUCCACGCCCGAGGCCGGCCUUGACGAGCAGGCUGUGCAGCCUUGGGAGCGACGCACCUUCCCGCUCUCAUACGAUCCCAGGACAGAGUGCGAGGACCAAUCUGAUCCCCAAGACCGGUUGUCGCGCUGCACCCGGCGCACGUCAGGCAGUAAAUCCUCCCGGGAGACUGACAGCACUUCUGCUCUGCCCAGCCUGGCCAGCCUCAAGAGCCGGACCGCCCUGGCGACACCCUCCUCUUCCUCCGCAGCAGUUCAGCGGCCAGCGCACAGAUAGAGACGUAUGGGAAGACGUGAGCAAAACCAACACACAGAACUAACUCUUGGCAUUAAAGCUUCCAAAAAUCUGCGUUUGAUAUUCAAACAUCCUGCUGGGAAUUUUCACAGUUUUUAGUGAAUUUAAGGAGUUUAGAAACUGUUUUUUGUUUUCUUUUGUUUGUUUGUUUUGGUUUUUUUUUUCCUUUUCUCCAUGUUUCCUUGUCACACACGAGAGCCCCAGACUCCUCCCAGUGGAGUGCAGGCUUGGGAGGGGAGCAGCCCACCAGACACCCCCUCCCUCUUUCCUCCCCUACCCUCUUAGAUGUAUAAAUCUAGAGCACAGGAUUUAGCUGGCUAGCAGACUUCGGGGAUAGUUUUUCUCAAGGAAAAGGGUGUCGUCUUAACCCACUACCCCCACCCCCCCUCCCUGGAAGGUUUUAGUGGUGUGAAAUUAGUGAUGAAAAGUGAUGUCUUGGGAUUGCAGCCCUCACCCGCUGUCUGUCUGUCCUCACCCUGCCCUUCCACCCUCCAGCAUUUGUCCUCCCCUGGCGUGCAGUUCCAGGUGUCUGAGGGGUGACUGUCCCAGGGCCGCCUGCCACCUCCUGCUGCCAUCACUCCUGGUUUGGGAGCAGCCGUUCGCUGUGCUGAGCUCUGGCUGUCACGGGGGAAGGAAGGAAGGAAGGAAGGAAGGACCCUUUUAGCCGCUCAGCCCCACAUGGGAGGAGUGAGAUUUCGGGAGCAGCCUUGCUCACAGCUUGUGUGUUCCUCCUGGGUGGAAGGCAGGGAGGGGAGAGUCCCCAGCCCAGUGCGGUCGGCGCUUCACACAGAAGCAGAAGUCACGAGGCCCCUCGGGGACAUGGCUCUUGGCCAAAGGCAGCAAACCCAGGUCUGGGGCCAGUGCUUGAGCUCUGCCCUGAAGUCCCCUGUACGGUUGGGAGGUUUGGGUGAGGGCACGACCAUGGGAACGGGGCUGGUCCGGGUUGCACAGCUGGGGUACUGGGUUGGUCCCGGCAGGUGGGUUUGGUGUCAGAAAAGGGGAAAUGAGAGAAGGAAGGGGGGUGAGGGGGGUGGGCUGAGGUGCUGGGGAGGAUCAGGAUCUGUCACCACUGCUUCGCUGCACUUCCACAUGUGGUCCUAAAACAGGGGUCGAGUCUGUUCAGUUUCCCAGUUGUGGAUCUGAUGUGCCGCCUACUAACAGGUAUUUUAUUUUGAAAUGGAGUUCGUUGUUCCAUCCCCCCCGCCCCCUCCCUGGCCCCUCCGUGCCGCAGAGGCUCCUGGACUCCGCACACCGGUCCCAUCCGUAACGCUUUCUGAUCCCACGGUGUGGCUCUUGGUCCCUGUCGCUAGCAUCGUGCCUGUCUUAUGUAUAAUCACAUCACCAAAAAAGGAAAAAAAAUAAAAAGGACUUUUUUUUUUUUUCCAUUUUGUAAUCGUAAAGAAAUAGUAGCUAAACUGCUUAAUGGUUGGGGUUUUCACAAUUUUCAACAUUAUCUAGUGUUUUUGGUUCUGUUCUAGUUUAAAGGAUUUGUCAUCGUUUCUUUGAAGAAAACCAACAAUGCUACCAUAUCCGUCUGCAUAAGUGCUUUUCUAUUUAUAAGGUUGAAAAUUCUGAAUAACCCUUUUAGCAUUAUAAAAAAAAAAAAAAACACACACACACAAAAAACCCCACCUUGUAUUUUGUAAAUAUUUUCUUUUCCUGCUUUGAGCUGUGUAAUGUCCUUGUUAUAUAGAAAUGCUUUUCUUCCGAGAAGCUGAUCUUUGUUAAUGUCUUGAUUCUGUUGGCAAAGCACAAAUGUGCUUAUAAAAAAAAAAAAAAAAGAUUAAAAAAAAAAUAAAACAGAA